GAGGCCCUGCUUUGUCUUCGAAAGGAUAACAUACAUCACUCCCCCUCUCACCACUCCCCCUCGUCAGUCCUCUCCUCCUCCUUCAUUAUCCCAAAACCCCAACACCCAAUCCCCAUCUCUAUCUUCUCCCUCUCUUCCUCUCUCUCUCUCUAAAGAUUCAAUCUUGAAUCUUCCAUGGCAAUUUCAACAGCAGCAGCAGCCUCAGCUUCCUCAAAGCUCACUUACCCAUAUGCCUCUCAGUCCUCUCAGCCCUCACCGGCCUCCUCUAUCUCCAUUAGACCCUCUUCCAAGCUAACCCAUCUCUCCUCUUCGUUCCUCAACCCCUCCACCAUCCUCCACCUCACGCCCACCACCACUCUCCCCCUCCACCACCACCACCACCACCACCGCAGUUUCACAGUCAAAGCUGCUCGAGGUAAGUUCGAGCGCAAGAAGCCCCAUGUCAACAUUGGCACAAUCGGCCACGUCGACCACGGCAAGACCACUCUCACUGCCGCUCUCACCAUGGCCUUGGCCUCCAUUGGAGGCAGCGCUUCCAAGAAGUACGACGAAAUCGACGCUGCCCCAGAAGAGCGCGCUCGUGGAAUCACCAUUAACACUGCCACAGUCGAAUACGAGACUGAGAAUCGGCACUAUGCCCACGUUGACUGCCCCGGCCACGCCGACUAUGUCAAGAACAUGAUCACUGGAGCUGCUCAGAUGGACGGUGCGAUUCUUGUGGUUUCUGGUGCUGAUGGGCCAAUGCCACAAACCAAAGAACACAUCUUGCUGGCCAAGCAAGUGGGUGUGCCUAACAUGGUUGUGUUCUUGAACAAACAAGACCAGGUUGAUGAUGAGGAGCUUCUGCAGCUUGUGGAAUUGGAGGUGCGUGAGUUACUUUCUUCUUAUGAGUUUCCUGGUGAUGAAGUUCCUAUUAUUUCUGGGUCUGCUUUGUUAGCUUUGGAGGCUUUGAUGGCCAAGCCUACUAUCACUCGUGGUGAGAAUGAAUGGGUUGACAAGAUUUAUGAACUUAUGGAUUCUGUUGAUAGCUAUAUUCCGAUUCCUCAGCGCCAGACUGAGUUGCCAUUUUUGUUAGCAAUUGAAGAUGUGUUUUCGAUUACCGGUCGUGGGACUGUGGCCACUGGCCGUGUUGAGAGGGGUACUAUUAAGGUUGGAGAUACAGUGGACAUUGUUGGUUUGAAGGACACAAGGAGCACCACUGUGACUGGUGUUGAAAUGUUUCAGAAAAUUCUUGAUGAUGCUAUGGCUGGUGACAAUGUGGGGUUGUUGCUUAGAGGGAUACAAAAGAUUGAUAUUCAGAGAGGGAUGGUUUUGGCUAAGCCCGGGACGAUUACCCCACAUACCAAGUUUGAAGCAAUUGUGUAUGUGUUGAAGAAGGAAGAGGGUGGGAGGCAUUCACCGUUUUUCUCAGGUUAUAGGCCACAGUUUUACAUGAGGACUACUGAUGUCACUGGAAAGGUGACUUCCAUAAUGAAUGAUAAGGAUGAAGAGUCCAAGAUGGUCAUGCCUGGCGACCGUGUCAAGAUUGUUGUCGAGCUGAUAGUUCCCGUGGCUUGUGAGCAAGGAAUGAGGUUUGCUAUCAGAGAAGGAGGGAAGACUGUUGGAGCUGGUGUUAUUCAAUCCAUAAUUGAGUGAUAGAAAGAAGGGCUUUCUUGGCAGUAAAUGCUCUUCACUCUUUUUUUUUGGUGGUGUCAAACUUGAACUCAAUUUGAUUUUAUUUAGUUUUGACAUUUUAAGCAAUUUCCACAAUCAAAUGUUAUAUAUUUUGUAGGUUCAUCACCAUGUGCUCCACUCUUGUUUCUAGCCUAGUUGAAUGAUAUGCUUGUGAUGAUUCAA